CUUGAAAGCGAUCGCAGGUCUCCCCUCUCCCCCAUUCACUGUUUCUCCUUCACCAUUCCAUUCGACCUCCUUCAGGGGGAGAGAGGAGAGCCAAGAAGAAGCUAACGCCGCCGCAAGGAGGAAGAGGGAGAAUUUGAUCUCUUCUCUCCUUGUUCGAGGCUCUGAGGCGAGGUAGAUUGAGGUAGGAUCAAUAAUGGUGGCCAUCGAGGCGGUGACGGCGGCGGCGGAGAGCCCGAUCCGGGCUGAGGCGGAGGCGAAGGCGGAGGCGGAGGUGGAGGUGGAUGCGGAGGGGGUGAAGGGUGAGGAGGAGGCGGCGGCGAAGGCGGAGGUGGAGGUGGACGAGGAGGAGGAGGAGAGGGAGUACAAGAGCGACAUGAGGAAGCUGGAGGAGCUCAUGUCGAAGCUGAACCCCCGCGCGGAGGAGUUCGUGCCAUCGUCGCGCCGCGCGGCGGGGGCGCCGCCGGCGGGCGGGCUCUCCGCCGACGCGCCCGUGUUCGUGUCGGCCGCCGAAUACUUCGGCGGCGCCGGCGCCGGCGCCGGCCAGCUGCAGGCGGGCGGCGGUGGCGGCGGCGGCGGCGGCGGGAGGGACUCCAGCAGCGACGGAUCCAGCAACGGCGGCGGGCAGCCGCAGAAUCGCCGGAGAAGGAAUGGAUUCAACCAGGGAAGGAGGAGGGCCGGAGGCCGGACACGACGGGCUGAUAGGGAGGAUAGUGUGCGGAGGACUGUCUAUGUGUCUGACAUUGAUCAGCAAGUGACUGAACAAAAGCUUGCUGAAGUGUUUUCUAACUGUGGACAAGUGGUAGAUUGCCGUAUCUGUGGUGAUCCACACUCAGUCUUGCGCUUUGCCUUCAUUGAGUUUGCUGAUGAUGCGGGCGCAAGGGCAGCACUAACACUUGGGGGAACUAUGCUUGGUUAUUAUCCUGUUAGAGUUUUACCUUCUAAAACAGCUAUUCUGCCUGUGAACCCAAAAUUUCUUCCUCGAACGGAUGAUGAGAAAGAAAUGGUCUCGAGGACUGUAUAUUGUACUAACAUAGAUAAGAAGGUUACAGAAGAGGAUGUAAAGAUUUUCUUUCAGCAGCUUUGUGGGAAGGUUUCUCGCCUGAGGCUCCUUGGCGAUUAUGUACACUCGACAUGCAUUGCAUUUGUUGAGUUUGCUCAAGCAGAAAGCGCGAUUCUAGCCCUGAACUAUAGUGGUAUGGUUCUUGGUGCACUUCCUAUCAGGGUGAGCCCUUCCAAGACACCCGUGCGUCCGCGUUCGCCUCGCGUGAUGUCAAACUGAGUCCGGGUUGUUCCUGAAGCUGCUGCUGCCCAUGAAGCUUGAGGCUGCCUCAACAAUGGCAGGCAGGCAGAGCUUGAUUCUCUAGUCAUGGCGUCAGAAAACUUGUCAGUCAGCUUCGCGGAAUCGGUAACUGCCGUUCUGAGAGAGUACUCGCAGUAUCAUCUCAUCUCAAAUCUCUUCUAGGUCCUAGUAGAAAUGCCGACCUGCCUGCUGAUGUUCGUCUGUUCAGAGACCCAUCUGUGUGUUGGGAGAGGCAACGUUUUCCGUUUCUUUUGUUCAGUAUGAUGCUAUGUUAAUUAUGGAUGGAUUCUAUAACAGCCUUUGCAGGCAUUCCAACAAUAAUAUCUAUAUCUUUUUCUGUCUC